AUGGGAUGUAUCGAGCCAGUCUCCAAUGUGACCAUAACAACCAGCAGCCCAGACUUGGUAGAGUUCAACAGCUCCUUCCGUCUGUCCUGCUCCUCCUCUGGAUCCUCGCUCUCCUUCUAUUGGCUGAACGGCAGCUCGGAGGUCACAGCCAGUGACAGAGUUCAGCUCACUGGUGGGGGCUCCAAUCUCACUAUUUCCAAUGUGACCCGUUACGACCAGGGAAUGUUCAGGUGUCAUGUGGUCAAUCCUGUCAGUAACGGCACCAGUGAUCCAGUGCACCUCUCCGUCAGCUUUGGCCCAGAAAAUACAAGUUUAAAUCUGUCUCCAACUGAACAUUAUUAUGAGGACGGCUCGAACGUCAGCCUGACGUGCUCAGCUGUCUCCAGACCUCCUGCUCACUUCCAGUGGAUUGGAGACAAACUGUCUGGUUCUGGACCCAAGCUCACACUGCUCAACAUUAAUAUGAACCAGACUGGGAACUACAGCUGUUCUACAGGAGGUGGAAGCCAGAACAGCGUGGCAACGUCAAGUAAUCAGGAUGUGACCUACGCAGACCUCAAUUUCUUACAGAACAAAGAUGGUGGGACAGUGCAUCUGGAGUUAGAGAAAAACUCCUCCGAAUAUGCUGAGGUCAAAGGGAACAACAGGCUUCCUGCAGAAUCCUCCACUGACGCCCAUGUGGAGCAAAUGAAGGAUGCUGCUCCUCAGUCUGGUUUUCUGGCCUCUGCUGCUGUGGAGAUCCAGGCCUCCACCAACCCUGCGGUGGUCGGGGCCACGCUGACACUGUCUCUGUCUCCUCCACCAUCCAUGAAGAGAGGGACCUGGACAGUGGGAGGCUCCCUCAUCCUCAACUGGGUGGGGGCCCAGGAGGCGGUGGUCCCCGGUUACAGCGGCAGGGCCACAGUCAACGUCCUCACUGGAGCUCUGACUCUGAGCUCCGUCAGGGUGGCUGACUCAGGGGUCUACGUGGUGCAGAGCACUGACCCCCAGCUUCAGGCCAACGCUUCCAUCUCUGUUUAUGAACCCAUUUCCAAUGUAACGCUGAAGGCAAAUCAAACCGACUUCAUUGAGUUCAACACUUCAGCAGUCGCUUCGUGCUCUGUCUCCUCUGGAUCCUCCCUCUCCUUCCUCUGGAUGAACGGCAGCUCCGAGGUCACGGCCAGCGACAGAGUUCAGCUCACCGAUGGAUACUCCUCUCUCACUGUCGUCAACGUGAGCCGCUAUGACCCCGGACCAUUCAGGUGUCGUGUGUCCAAUCCUGUCAGUAACGGCACCAGUGAUCCAUUAAGUUUUACCAUCAUCUACGGCCCAGACAACAUGGCUCUCACAGUGAAUGGAUCCUUUUCAGUUGGAUCCAAUCUGACCAUGCGCUGCUCCGCUCAGUCCAACCCUCCAGCUCAGCUCCACUGGGCUUUCCGAGGAGAUUCUUUGAACAGGACCGGUCCACUGUUGGAGCUGUACGGCGUCACUGAGGAUCAAAGUGGUCCCUAUUCCUGUGUGGCCUUUAACAAUCACACCAACAUGAACAGCAGCAUCAGCUCACACGUCAUAAUAACAAAAAAGUAA